UUGGAUACACUGCCCUGCGUACGAGGUCACUUCCGCCAAAACACCGGGUUGGCACCAGCUGGUCACACAGAAGCCACGGCUUACACAACAAAGCUGUCAACGGUUACAUAACCGAGCUCUGUCUGAGAAGGGUACUAUUUACAGUGACUGUCUGCAUUUCCUCCUACAAGAAGGUGCAACCAUGCCAUGUACCUGUGUUACAUCAUGUACACCUGGUGCCACCUGUCCAGGUAUUGUUCUGAUGUUGGCUAUGCUACUCACAGCUCCACAGUUUGUGUCCAUGUCCAGUGGGAUGUUCCGUUCUAUCUCCAAAAAGUCCAUUCAUAUUGAUGCUAACCCCAAACAGCUGAACUAUGGCAUUGCUGUGUCUGAUGUGGAUGGGGAUGGAGACUUUGAGUGGAUUGUGGCAGGUUUCAGUGGCCCCAACCUGGUCCUGAAGUGGAACAGUGACACCAAGAAGCUAGAGAAUCUUGCCAUCGAUGAUCCCCAUUCCAAGUUUUACCAUCUGCGGGACCCACAAGGGCAGGCCAUCGGAGUGAGUGCCUGUGAUGUAGAUGGGGAUGGGAGAGAGGAAAUCUAUUUUCUCAAUACCAACGAUGCAUUCGCUGGGAAGUCCUCCUACGGAGACAAGCUGUUCAAGUACAGGAAUGGGAGAUAUGAAGAUGUUUUCUCUGACAAGAUAAACGCAGAUGUUAGCCUAAACUAUGCUGGGCGAUCGGUCGCCUGCGUGGACCGUGAAGGUACGGGAAAGUACGCCAUCUAUGUGGCCAACUAUGCCAGGGGAAGAAUCGGACCCCACCGUCUGAUUGAAUUGGAUGAGGAGAAAAGCGAGGUCUCGAAAGGAAUCUUGAAGUUAAAGGAUGUCGCUACUGAGGCUGGUGUUGCCAAGUUAACCGGGGGUAGAGGUGUUGUAGUGGGUCCAAUUCUCAGUAAUGCGUCGGAUGUCUUCUGUGUCAAUGAGAACGGAGGAAACUUUCUCUACAUCAACCAGGGUGACGGGACAUUCCAGGAUCUGGCCCAACCAGUGGGAGUCUUGGACCCAAGACAACACGGUCGAGGUCUGGCGCUGGCAGACUUCAACGGUGAUGGAAAAAUGGACAUUGUGUAUGGCAACUGGCUGGGUCCUCACAGGCUUUACAUACAGAGGGGGGAGCCAGACAAACCAGAAUUUCAGGACAUAGCAACGGAGGAAUUUUCCAAACCGUCACCUAUCAGGACCAUUCUAGCUGCUGACUUCGACAAUGACGGUCACCUGGAAGUGUUCUUCAAUAACAUCGUGCUGGAUGAGGAGGAGGCCCCCAACAGACUGUUCAGGGUGAAGAGAAAGGAUGACGGGAGUCUGAAAGUAUCCGAGGUGGACAUUGGGGAUGCCCGGGAGCCGUAUGGUUACGGGACAGGAGGGGCUGUAGCAGAUGUAGAUGGAGACGGUUCUCUAGAAGUUCUCCUGUCCCAUGGUGAAGACACUGCCCAGCCCUUAACACUGUACAAGGUCAGGUCCUGGGUGGACCACAACUGGAUUCGGGUCUUCCCGAGAACACAGCACGGCGGCCCGGCGAGAGGAGCAAAGGUGGUGGUGGAGACGAGCGAUGGCAGGCGCCAGCUAAGGGUGAUCGAUGGAGGCUCCGGCUACCUGUGCCAGAUGGAACCGGUCGCACACUUCGGACUCAGGCAGAGCGAGGUCUGGAAGCUGGAGGUCACCUGGCCUGAUGGGACUAGGUUUGCCAGGAGGGUGGAGUCUGAGGAAAAUAGAACAACUGUCACGGUGGACUAUCCCACUGAUGGGGAUGCAGCACAGAAAGAAGAGUUGUAACACCUUCAG